AUGGGGAAAGGGCAGGCCGCCACUUUUGGCAGCCAGCCAGUCGCCCAGCACUUUGCCAUCCAUUGCUUCCAAGUCUUUUCUCCCUCUUCAGCAGGGUCCCUCUCCUGCAGUCACUUGACUGUCAACUCCUCAGCUGUCAUCUUGGGAGGAAAUAUCACAGCUUCUUGUACCAUCUGGAGAAACCACUGCCCCGUUACAAAGGGUAGCAGAAUCCAGAUUAUUUGGAAAUUGGGCAACCAACAACUUCAAGGAUCCCAGAAGAGCUUCAGCAAUGGAGUGGAAGUUUCCAACAUCACCAUCGGCCCCUUCAAGGAACCUGUGACUCCCCUGAGCUGCUACAUGCAGGAACACGGCAUCCCACAGAUUGUGAACCUUACCCAGAUCCAGGCUGGAUACCCUCCAUCCCAGCCUCAGAACCUCACCUGCAUCUUCAACAUUACCUCCAAGAACCUGGCGUGCCAGUGGGACCCUGGGAGGGACAGUCUCCUCCCAACCCGUGUGGCCCUGAAGGGAUUCCGGAGCUCGAGGGAGUGCAAGGCCCUGGACCCCAUCGCAGAUUGCAUCCCUGAGCCUGGCCGGCACUCCUGCAUUUUUCAACGCCUGGAGCUGCAGCUGUAUCAAAAAAUGCUUUUCUGGGUGUCUGUGGAAAAUGCCCUGGGCAACGCGACCUCGGAGCUCUUGUGUGCAGACCCCAUGGAUUUAGCCUGGCUGGAGCCCCCGACCAUCCAGGACAUCCAGCUCAUCUCUGAGGAGAGCGACUGCCUGAUGGUAAAAUGGAAGGCAGGAAAGGACAGCAAAUUCAUGGAACAGGGCUGUGACCUGCGCUAUCAGCUGGAAGGCAGCCUGGAGUGGAGUCUUGUCCACAACAUCACCACCUCCAGCCGGCAGAUCCAGCAGUGCGGCUUCCUCUUUGGCAGCCUCUACCACUUCCAGAUGCGCUGCAGGCGUCUGCCCCUCAGCUACUGGAGCAGCUGGAGCCCGGCCAAGCUCUUCACUACACAGGAGAAAGCACCUUCAGGAAGUCUUGAUGCCUGGUGGAAACUGCGAAAGGCCGAGAAGGGGACGGAGGUGCAGCUGCUCUGGAAGCCGAUGAAGCCACAUGAGGCCAAUGGCAGAAUCCUGGGAUACUGGGCAGCACUCAGCACCGGUCAGCACACGGGCCACUCACCCUCUCUGUGUAACACCACCGAGAGGCAAUGCACGUUUUUGAUGCCACCAGGAGCCGAAAGGGUUUAUCUCACAGCCUACAACUCUAGAGGUGCAUCUCAAGCCACGGAGAUCUUCUUGCUGGAGAAAAAAGGUCAUCCUGUGCUCAAGAUCCGGGCAUCCCCCCACGAUGAGAAGAGCUUCUGGCUGUGGUGGGAUCCCCCGAGGAACCCAGUGACAGGCUACAUCGUUGAGUGGCACCGAGUGACCUCUGCAGCAGAAGACAGCAACGUUGAGUGGCAAAAGCUACAGAAUGAAAGCAUCAGAGAAACCCUGAUCCAAGAAAAUAUUGAACCUUUCCAGCGCUACAACAUCUCCGUCUACCCUCUCUACAGAGACAGAGUUGGGGUGGCCCAAUCAAUAGAAGCUUACACAAGGCAGAAAGCUCCAACCAGCAGCCCGAAAGUGUAUCCCCUAAAAAUUGGGGUGUCCACAGCUGAGGUUUGGUGGAGUCCCCUCCCUGUUGAAGACCAGAACGGCUUCAUCACCGGCUAUACUCUCUUCUGGAUCGAUCCCAAUGAAGAAGCUAGAAGUAUUGCUGUGAACACUUCUGUAGACAUCCUCACCAUCUCAGGUCUUCGGCCUUCAACGAUGUACAGCCUACAUCUCAUGGCCUCCACGAUGGUUGGGAGCACCAAUGGGACCAGUGUUGCGAUCACCACCAAGGACAUGGAAUACCUGGACAUCACCAUUGUGUACUUAGUCAUUGGGCUGCUCUUGGCCAUGAUAAUCGGCAUGGUCAUCUGCUUUCAGAAGAGCAAAAGGAUGAAGAUGCAGUUCUGGCCCAGCGUCCCUGACCCAGCCAACAGCAGCCUGGGCAAAUGGGCCCCCGCCGUUCUGCAGGAGGAGACCCUGCAGGCCCCCAAGCCGUGCGAGCUCAGCCCCGUCAUCGUGUCUGCCUUCCUCGUGAUCGAAGCCGAGGAGAAGAAGUGCCUCUCCUGUGGGAAGAGCGAGCCCGGCCCGGCCACGGAGGACAGCCCGGCAGCCCUCUCCGACUCUGGUGCCCGCAAAGCCAAAGGAGCCGUGCCCACCGGGGGCUCAGGGCCAACCUCCUACAUGAAUAACCCAGAGCCUGUUCAGUAUGCCAAGGUCUUGGGGGGCAGCUACCACGGUCAGCAAGAAGCCUCGCCCACCAUCUACAUCCGCUCCAGCUCCAGGCAGCCUCUGCUCCACAGCCUGAGCCCCAGCCCGAAGCCCUACAAGAACCUCUGGUUCCACAGCGACCAGCCCAAGCGAGAGACGCCCUCCAGCUUCCAAGAGGAGACGGUUUUCCUGGACGGGGCCCUGCUGGAUUUCCCACUGCUUCAGGGCCUGAAAAUUGACGGGAAUGAAGGCCUCUGCAACUUCCGAAGGCUGAUUUCUUUGGUGUACUCCUGCUAUGCUCACCCUGGCCUUGACGUGGUCCUUGAGCACAUGCAGAUCAUUCCAUUUCUUCCUCAAGAUUUAAUGGACUACGUGUGCAUGAAUCUUUAA